AUGGGCCAGAGGUCAGGGAUCACACUGGGUCAGGUGUCAGAGAUCACAAUGGGCCAGGGGUCGGGAUCAGACUGGGCCAGGGAUCGCAAUCGGCUAGGGAUCAGGGAUCACACUGGGCCAGGUGUUAGGGAUCACAAUGGGCCAGGGGCCAGGGAUCACAAUGGACCAAGGGUCAAGGAUCACACUGGGUCAGGGAUCACACUAAAUCAGGGAUCACACUGGACCAGGGGUCACACUGGGCCAGGAUCACAUUGGGCCAGGGAUCACACUGCGAUAUUACUAGUUAAAGGAGACGUCCGUAGUCCAGAGGAUAUUGAAGAACUGACCAGGCAAACUAAAGAGAAAUUCGGAAAAUUGAAUGCGCUGAUUAACAACGCAGCAAUUGCAAACCCACAAGACCGUCUAGAUACAGUGGAACUAAAUGAGUUUGACGAGAUAUUUAGGAUAAAUUUAAGAGCGGCGUUUUACCUAACACAAAUCUGUAUGCCGUCUCUAGAAGAAACAAAAGGUACUGUUGUCAACAUAUCUAGCAUCGCAUCCGACAUGCCGAAUGCCCAGACGCUAGUUUACGGGAUGUCCAAGGCUGCCUUAGACUAUUUUACAAAGGCAUUGGCAAACGACGUCGGUCCGUCUGGAGUAAGGGUGUGCGGUGUUCAGCCAGGAUACUUCCCCGCUAAGUUAAAGGAAGGAAUGUUCCCAGGCAUGGAAUCUGUGAGUUCUGAGGCGAUGAACAAAAUAAUAAUGUCCAUGCAACCACUUCGGCGUGUUGGGAAGGUAUCAGAGAUCGCCAAAACCGUAGCCUUUCUUUUAUCAGAGGAUGCAAGCUUUAUCACAGGUGUCAAUAUUUGUGUGGACGGAGGAAUGCAUUUCCCAAGACUGGAUGCCAUUAGUGGAGGUUCCUCCGACUCUGACUGA